CACCCCCAUGAACCAAUCUCACUGAUUCUCAAGCUGUGGGACACAGAGGGGGGGAGAGAGAGAGAGAGAGAGAGAGAGAAGCGAGGGAGAUGGAGACAGAAAGUGAGACGAAACAAUCCAAAUUCAAGAGGAUUUGUGUUUUCUGUGGCAGCAGCCCUGGCAAGAAAAGCAGCUACAGGGAUGCUGCAAUUGAGCUCGGAAGAGAGUUGGUGUCAAGGAAUAUUGAUCUGGUGUAUGGGGGAGGCAGCAUUGGUUUAAUGGGGCUGAUCUCCCAAGCUGUUUAUAAUGGUGGCCGGCAUGUGAUAGGGGUUAUACCCAAGACACUGAUGCCCAGAGAGAUCACUGGAGAAACAGUGGGAGAAGUGAAGGCUGUUGCAGACAUGCAUCAAAGAAAAGCCGAGAUGGCCAGGCAUUCUGAUGCCUUCAUUGCCUUACCCGGUGGCUAUGGGACACUUGAGGAGCUUCUGGAGGUUAUCACCUGGGCUCAACUCGGAAUCCAUGACAAACCAGUGGGAUUGUUGAAUGUGGAUGGGUACUACAAUUCCUUGUUAUCAUUCGUUGACAAAGCUGUGGAGGAAGGCUUCAUUAGCCCCAAUGCACGGCACAUAAUUGUCUCUGCCCCAAAUGCAAUAGAGCUUGUCAAAAAGAUGGAGGAAUAUUUCCCACGCCAUGAAAGAGUUGCUCCUAAGCGAAGCUGGGAAAAUGAGCAGCUUAAUAAUGACUCCACCGCAUAUGAGAUCCUGAGGUGAUUCGUUCAUUAAUGGAUGGAAACAUGUGGUAGAAAGAGUUGUCAGUUUAGCGUUCAAGGGACUUAUAAUAUUAUCCUAGAUUAUGACCGGGACAAUGUCCUUCUAGUGGGACUGCUCUUCAUCACUUUCCGUGUUAUUGUAAACUACACAAUUAACUGCAAUCUAGCUGUGGAGCCUGACUAUUCCUCUCAA